CUCGUGCGUCUCGCCAUUGCAGCAACUUAUCUCAACUCAUAUUGCUCAACUUUGCAAUGCCACUCCUACGCUUGCCCACCGAGACUCUAAGACAGAUCUUUGAUCAACUUGAUUCGUCUUUCUUUCACGAGGAUAUAGGCCGCCUCACAGUCUGCAAAGAGUGGUUCGGUUUCGCUCUUCCUGCAUGCUUCAAGUCCAUCACCCUUUCUCAAGAGGCCCUUCGAAAUCUCAUCAUCUCUACGGCAACGAAAACGGCUUCGCCGCUUGAAAGCAGCCUGGAAACCCUAGAUCUUGAUCUAAGAGGAUAUCAAUACGACACCUCUCCACCGCAGGAGUCGGAUUUACAGCCUGCUACCCCAGGAUUCCGUAGGAACUUGCUCGAGACUUGGAAAAAGACCCUAAAUGACGACCUCGCUCAGUUUGCCAUUAUAGUCCAGCAGUCUCAUAGAUUGCGUACAUUGCGCGUACGGGCCUGGAGAUCUACUCAUCCCUUUUCCACCCCGGAGGGUUAUCUGUCACUAUCUACGGUGCAAGCUUUGCUCUCAGUGCAAAAUCUGAGCGUUUUGGUGCUGGAUCUAUCUGGAACCUCUCUGGAGCAAGGGGAAGAACGUCACAUUUGCCCAUCUAUCGCUGCUCUUCUUCCCACUCUUAGAACCCUUCACUUAUGGAUGCGCAGUAUCUGCCCUGAGGUAUUGAAAACUCAAGAUCUCGAUAGUAAAUUACGGUUAAGUACGGUGGUCGUCAAAUUGAGUCUGCUUCCAGAUCUGCCGGGCAUAACGUCAGCGUCUCACUCUCAACAAUGCGGUUCUCAGGGCGGGGGGUGGACUCAAUUGAAAGCGGACAUACGGGAACAGGCGGAGGCUCUCGUAACUCGAAUGGCAUCCCCUAAAACCAUAAGGAUUCUGACUCAAACCCUUCCACGAUUUGAUACACGGUCGCUAGAUGUGUUGACUGGCAAAACAAUGAAACUGGAUGGCAAUGCGGCAUGGGAUGAUGAUGGCGAAACGACUCAGGAGGACUCGGAGCCAGAGUUCGACAUUCUAGAUGAGCAAUUUGGUGGUUUCCUAGACGAUUGACACUGUUUCUAAUUGUCAAGCUUCGGAUCAGCUUCUCGUAUUGGCUUGGAUUGCCAUAUAUGCGGUUUGGCAAUGUGAUCUAUCUGCCGUCCAAUGUAUAGCCUGCCAGUAAUGGAUUUCCUCACCCUAUGAAGUGCUAAGGAACCUACAACAUUUGUCCAAUCUCACUUUUACCAUUUAGCGACUUGGACCUUCUGCAGAAACACCGCGAUAAACCAACUGAGUGUGUUCCACUGAGUUCAAAUGCCCUUAUUAAACUGAUAAAGUAUACUGGAG